AUGGUCCCCACGGCGCUCUCUAUCCUUGUUGUAGCUCCUCUGCUAUGCAGCAUUGGCUUAGCUUUGCCAGCUUCAGACUCGAGUGUCCCCACUACUCCGCAACCAGCAGCAUACAUACCGACAGCAUUUUAUGUCGGCACUUCGCCAGUCUUGGGGGGUCUUACCAAUUACUCAGGCCGAAGCUUCUCUUUGACGGAGACAAGCCCGCUAGUAACUCUAGAUUACGCUGCCGAGGUCGGCGGCUUUCCAUUCUUCGAGGUUUCCUCGAUAAGCGGUCCAUCUCAGAUCGAGGUGAAGUACACGGAAGCAUUUGAUGGAUUGAAUCAGCCUUUCGCCGACGGUCCUUGGACUUUCUCUAAUGGACUUGCAAACACCUUCAGAACGGAAACAUUCAAUAUCACGGAACCCGGCAUUUACUCCUCUUUCUUCAACCAAGGCGGACUUCGUUGGCAAGCUGUACGCCUACUUACAAAUGGAGAAAUCCAGUUUUCGGCUGUGGGAUUACGCCCCUCAGUCGAGAUUUAUCCCGUGGAUUCUUUGCCAGGUUCUUUCAGCGCAUCGAAGCAAGAUUAUUCUGGUGUCUGGGGACUCGGAGCCAGAACUGUACAAGCAGCUUGCGUUGAGGCCGGAAGUCAGCCUUCAACAUGGGAAGUGACGGAUCAAGGCAUGCUCAUACGUGGCCAGCAGCCGGCACAGUCUGUGAACGGAACGUCCUUCAGCAAUUACACCAUGUCCUUCAGCACAAAGAUUUUGAGGGGAGGGACAGGCUGGAGAGUUGCUGCCGGUCUUGGUGGCGGCUAUGGACCUUAUUUCGUCCUCACCAGUGAUUAUGACAACGAAUCAGCUUUCGUCAACACCAACCGCACCUUGAUGCCACCUAAUUCACUGAUUUUCGGAUAUGGAUGGAGCAUCGUCAAUCAAACUACGCUUACCACGGGCCCCACGCAGACAUUCGCCAUCCCGAUGAGAAUCUCUGAAGAUGAGUGGUAUGAAAUCAGCACGGAGAUCAGCGCCUCAGGGUUUAACGUAUCCGUCGACGGUCAACCUGCUGCAUUCAUUCUUAUCGACGAAGCAAUCACAUGGGCAACCCCUGUCUUUGGCAGCAGCUCGCCAACGGCAGGAACCUGGGGCUUUGGGCCAUUCCAAGACCAAAUUGCGUAUUUCAGGGAUGUCACAGUCGUAGCUGAAAACGGGACAAGACUCUACACAAACGACCUUAUGUCUAACUCAACACUUGAUGAAUACGGCAUCAACACCAACAAGCACUCCGUAUGCCUUGACGGUCCCAAAAGAGACAGACUCAUUUGGACCGGCGACUUUGCCCACACCCUGAGGACGGUGUUAGCCAGCACCAAUCGAACGGACUUCAUCCAGGGCUUCUUCCAAAACACCUUUGAGUGGCAGCUCGACGCGGGUCCUGGAGCGGGCUUGGUCGCAACUGAUGCUCCAAUGGGUGCUUCCAGCGCAUACAAAGAGGGUUAUUUUCCGUCCUUCUACCCCUUCGUCGACUAUCAGAUCUUCGUGCUUGACGUUGUCGGACAGUACUAUUGGUACUCGGGCGAUAUCGCCAUCUUGAGAGACUACUGGUCUAACAUCACGAAGCUGGCAGCAGCAGUACUGGCCGAGGUUGAUCCCGUCACAAGUUUGGCAGGUGGAGGUGCUGGCGACUUCUACUUUCUCGCGCAAGGAUACUUCAACGCCACGGCUCCAUCUGCGUUGUUACAUCUCUCCUUGCAGCGUCUGGCUGGGGUUGCUACAGCUCUCAAUGAUUCUUCCGCUGCCGCACUGUACAGCUCCACUGCAUCUAACCUCAGCGUGGCGAUUAAUGCGCGACUGUGGUCUGACAGCAUUGGCACAUAUUCCAACGCACUCUUGGACCCUAACAACUACACGCUUGCAGCCGCCGCCUUCCCUAUCCUUGCUGGCAUCGCAAACACGUCGCAGGCCACUUCAGCAAUCUCCAAGCUGUCGAUCCUUUUCCACUCUAUUGGCUACAAAGACUCCUCCGCAGUUCCGAGCACAAACCUCACACAACUCUCACCGAACAUCCAAGGCUUCCUUCUCGAAUCUCUCUUCGUCGCUCACCUCAACUUGGACGUUGCUGCCGAUGUCGUUGUUCCCGUCAUCACCAACCUCCUUGAUGUCUUCUGGCCAAAGAUGCUGAACCAGAAUCAGUACUAUACGGGCGCGACAUGGGAAUACUUAUACCCCGAUGGCAGUCCCGGAAUAGGUUUGUACACGAGUUUGAGUCAUCCAUGGGGAAGUGCGCCGACCUAUGUGCUUAGCAGCUACGUCUUGGGGGUGCGGCCACUGGAGCCGGGCUACAAGACUUGGGUGUUUGAGCCCGUGUUAAUGCUGGAGUUGGGUCUGCAGUGGGCGGAAGGCAGAGUGCCGACACCAUAUGGAACCAUCGAGGCGAGAUGGGAGAUCGCGGAUGGCAAUGUGCGGAUGACGGUCAAGGGGCCAAGUGGGACCAGCGGAGUGUGUAGGUUGCGAGGUGGAAAAGCGAGAGAAGUCAACAAGCGGGAUGCCGACGACGAUGUACAUGAGGUCGUGGUGAUAGGAGGCGAACGAAUCACUGUCGUGUUUGAUACCUAA